CUUGUUACUAGGCAAGACAGCCUUUCCAACAUGGCAGCGACAAGCAAAGCAGAGCCUACGCAUUUGCAGGAUAUGGACGAGGACGACGAGGAGAUGGACGAUCGGGAAAUGGACUCGGAGGGCGACGGCGGGGAGAGCAUGGGAGUAGACAAUUCUGACGAUGAAGAGGACGACACGUCCGAAGACGAGAAAGAAAAUGAAGCCGAAAUCCAACGGCUAGAAGAGCAGCUAUCAAUCAACGCCUUCGACUACAACUGCCAUGUUGACCUCAUCAAACUACUCAAACAUGAGGGUGAACUUCUGCGGCUGCGAAAGGCGAGGCAGAAGAUGAGUGAACUUUUUCCUCUCACGGAAGAGAUCUGGCUCGACUGGCUCAAGGAUGAGAUCCGCCUGACUGAAGAAGAACCAAACCGAGAAAAAGUGAACGAGCUUUUUGAGAAGGCUAUUAAAGACUACAUUUGUCCAGAUAUCUGGCUGGAAUACGCCCAGUAUUCUAUCGGCGGCAUGGGCUCGCCGGGUGGCAUCGAGAGAGUGAGAUCCGUUUUUGAGAGAGCCAUCACAGCUGUUGGGCUUCACAUGACCAAGGGGCAAACGGUGUGGGAGGCCUACAGAGAAUUUGAGAACGCCAUUCUGGCCACAGUACAGCCUCCUCCUGGCAAGAUUCCCAGCCACGAUGAGCAAGAGCUGCUGAACAAGCAGCUUCAGCGCAUCCAUACGCUGUUUCGCCGCCAGCUGACCAUUCCAUUAAUGGACAUGGAGGCAACAUAUGCAGAGUAUAAAGAAUGGUCUGACCAAGGGGCACCGGAGGAAAUCUUACAUCAGUACAAAACUGCUUUGCAGCAGAGGGAGAAGUACAAGCCCUUUGAAGAGUCACUGCUAGUAGCAGAGACGCCCAAACUGGCCGAGUACCAGGCCUAUAUCGACUUUGAAAUGAAGCAAGGGGACCCGACCCGCAUCCAGAUGACGUUUGAGCGGGCUCUGGUUGAGAAUUGCCUGGUACCGGACAUGUGGACCAAAUACACUAUAUAUCUCGACCGUCAACUGAAAAUCAAAGAUCUGGUUCUCUCCACUCAUGAUCGCGCUGUCCGAAACUGUCCGUGGACUAUGAGUCUGUGGAAGAGCUACUUGCAAGCUGUCGAGAGGCACGGGGGCACUCAUCAAACAGUUCCAGAUUUGUUUGAAAAAGCUCUGAACGCAGGCUUCAUUCAAGCUACAGAUUAUGUGGAGAUCUGGCAGGUUUAUCUCGACUACCUGAGGAGACGUGUGGAUUUCAGCCAAGAAUCAAGUCAAGAAUUGAAGGAGCUACGAGGAUCCUUCACUCGCUGUCUGGACUACAUGAAACAAGAUGUUGAAGAAAGAUUUGGAGAAAGUGGAGACCGUUCCUGUAACAUAAUGCAGAUCUGGGCAAGGAUAGAGGCCCGGCAUUGUAAAAACAUGCAAAAAGCCCGGGAACUGUGGGACAGCAUCAUGACAAAAGGGAAUGCCAAAUAUGCCAACAUGUGGCUGGAAUACUACAACCUCGAAAGAGCCUAUGGAGAUUCUGUCCACUGUCGGAAAGCGCUUCACCGAGCGGUCCAGUGCACCUCUGACUACCCGGAACACGUGUGUGAGGUCCUGCUCACCUUUGAGAGAGUGGAAGGCUCUUUGGAGGACUGGGACGUGGCGGUCCAAAAAACCGAGACUCGUCUGAACAGAGUUAAUGAGCAACGGGCAAAGAUGGCAGAGAAAGAAGCCAUCCAGGCUUUACAAGAGGAGGAGCAACUGGAGCAGAGGCGGAAGGGCAAGGCAGACAAAAGGAAUCAGAAGAAAGUUCAGAAAGGGACGGGUCGCUUUGGGGAGAAGAGGAAAGCAGAGCAGGAUGAGUGGACUGACCAUGCAGAACAAGCUCCAAAGCGACAUAGAGGAAAUGGUGAGCAAAGCAAAUCGGAGUAUUUACAGAGUCCCGGGCUUCAAACGAGUGAGAAGAAAGCUCCUCCUGGCUACAAAGGUUCAACAAGGCCUGGAUUCAACAAAGCCCAGCAGGACGGUGCCCAGAAUGAAAGUGACGAUAAAAUGGAGCUUCGCAACGAUGACAACAGCGUAUUCAUUAGCAACCUAUCGUAUACCCUGGAAGCACCUGAGGACACACUGAGGACACUCUUUGAGACCUGUGGAACCGUCAAACAGAUUCGCCUGGUCACCUCCAACAAGGGGACUUUCAAGGGUUACGGCUACGUGCAGUUUGAAAACACAGAGUCUGUCUCAGAAGCCCUCAAACUCGACAGACGGGAAGUGGAGGGCAGGCCUAUGUUUGUGUCACCAUGUGUAGACAAGAACAAGAACCCAGACUUCAAGGUCUUCAAGUACAACACAAAUAUGGAAAAACACAAAAUCUUCAUCUCCGGGCUGCCAUUUUCCUGCACCAAGGAGCAACUGGAAGAAAUAAGCAAGAGUCACGGCACCGUCAAGGAAGUUCGUCUCGUUACAUUCCGCUCGGGAAAGCCCAAGGGUUUAGCAUAUGUUGAGUUUGCAGAUGAAGCCCAGGCAUCUCAGGCAGUCUUGAAAAUGGACGGCACGGACGUGGAGGGGAACAAAAUCUCUGUUGCUAUAAGCAACCCUCCUCGCCGAAACUCGAGCAAGCCUGGUCCCAGCCAGCCCGCCACAAAUCUGACGCCUCACCAGGCCUACGGCGCGAGAGGGAGAGGACGCACACAGGUGUCAUUGCUCCCUCGCUCUCUGAAUCGCCAAAGUGGGCCAUCAAGCAAAGUGGAGAACGGGAGCUCUGAGGAUGGUGCCGGAGACGCCAAGCCUUUGUCCAAUGCAGACUUUGCUAAGAUGCUCCUGAAGAAGUGAAAGGAUGCUGGCUGGGUUCACAUGGAAAGCAAUUAUGCCAUCCUUUCCAAAAUAGUAAGUGUUUGCAACUGACCUUCUGCAAAUGUCAGCCUUCUCGUCCUUGUUCCCGCGAGAUUGCCUUAACUGCAGAGCUGCUGCCCUCCACCAGCCUCAAGACUACUUUGGACCCUUGCCAUUUUUACUUUUCCUUCCUGGUUGCGUUUAAAUGUUGCUGUCAGGUUUUAUGAAAUAAGUGUAGAAUACAUGUUUGUAAAUAUGUUUGAAAAAAUGGUAGACACCAUUUUCCCAACUUCAAUAUUUUCUUAUUCGAAUCGGACAUUGGAUCGAACAGUGUUAAGCAAUGUGUAGAUUAGUGUUUGUACAUACAAUAAGAAGACAUACCUAUCAGUUGUCAACAGAAUUGUGCAAAAUUAUUUUUGUUAGACUUUGUGAGUUGAAAGACAACCAUGUGAAACAGUUAAAUGAUUAAAACUAGUCCAACACUCUCUUUUGACAUGAACUUGAACGUGAAUUUCAGUUCGACUUAAAAUGUCACAUUUUAAAAGGCAUAAUAAAUUAACUGGCUGGGGUUGACUUGCUUCAGACCCUCACAUUUAAUUUCAAAACUAUGCACUUCUGCCAGUGUUCAUCAGUUAUAGUAGAAGUAGUAGUCUUAGAUCAACUUAAGAAAAAAAACGUACAAAUAAGUGAAUGACACUUAUGAUUUGGAAUAUAAGCUAUGUAAAGUCCUCACCACAGUGGCCUACUGUAAUAUUCAAUAUACAUUCUGUUUAUUAUGUAGUGCGUGUGGCUGUUUUAUAGACAGUGAAUACAAUAUUAAUUUUUAAGUUCAUUGAAAUGUUUAAUGGCUAGUUUAUGGUUGUUAAUCCAUAUAUUACCUUUGAUCUGAAAGCUGAAAAUUGUCGUUAUGAAAUAAAGAUAUCGACCUCACCGGGGCGAUAUUUAAUGUGUUA